AUGAAGUUGUGGAACUACACAUGUAAGUUGAAGUACAUGCAGUUCGGUACCAAGAAAUCCAUAAGUAUCAAAGAUGUCAAAGCCAAGCUUCUUUCGAUGAAGAAGAGUUCUUCUGAUCGCCUCAGCAUGAUGAUCUUGUAUUUCUUAAGCGCGGUACUUGCAAAAAAAGGCCGGGGUUGA